GUAUUCGGAAACUUACCUAUUCCAUACCCCAAACGUGAGUUUAUCUCGGAUGACGACGCCGAAGACAAGCAGGCCGGUGCUGCCGCAGCCGGUCCAGGAGUGGGAGGAGAAAAGAACAUAGGCCAACCGAAUGUCCAGGCAGCUAAUCGAGUCCCAGCCGCACAACAACAGCAACAACAACAGCAGCAACAACAAACUGGACAACCGCAACAUUCGGGUAUGCACCAUACCUCAGCACAUCAAUCCCAACAAAGAAACGCAGCAGGCGGUACCGGUGGUGGAACAUCGCUCCAACAGCAAACGCAACAACAAUCGUCGCAUGGACAAGGCGGUACGUCGAAUCCGCAUUUACGACAGAUUCAGGUAUGUGGUUGCUGUGUCACGAACAUGAAUACUCUCCGAGUUCCCCAGUUCGUUCGAACUUCGUACCGGGUCGAUCAGUUAGGAUAUGAACAACAUUCAAGCAAACAUAAAACAACAAAAUGGGUUUUUAGUCUAACGGAGAUAGUUACCAGCCAUCCCAUUAGGAAUGUAUUCUUCUCCCAAAAGAAUCCAUCUCAAUAUAAUUUACUCAGUUCGCACCUUACCAAUCUAAUCGACAUUCAAAGGUUUACCGUUUUAGCCGCGCGUCACGAUCGUUUCUGA